AAAAUAUCCUCCAUAAUAAAUGAGGGAGCACUAGUUAUUUUGGUACUAUUUAAAGAGUCAAAAGAGCCUCUCAAACUCACAACAUAUCAAAUUCCCUAAGCUGAUCCUCCCUUCCCUCUUUUCUAUUUCUUUACAAAAUAAAAAAUAAAAAACUAUUCUCUCUGCAUAUAUGCAUAUAUAAAAAUAUACAUAUAAGUUUUUCUGUUGAAGUCAUUGUUGUUCAUCAUUUGAUAGAAGAAUUAAUUUUCAUCUAACAAAUUAAAGAAGCAUAUAUAUGGAUGGUUCAUCAGCAGCAGCUGCUGCACGUAGCAAAAAUACCACCACUACUCCUUCAAGAAACCACCCAACAACCGCCGUCAAGAACCACCGCCGCGUGGCAGCCGUCGACGAUCCGAUCGAAUGCACAGGCAAAUUCUGCAUGUCAUGUACAGCUGGCGUCGUCGCCGAUUGCGUCGCAUUAUGUUGCUGUCCGUGUGCAGUAAUUGACAUUUUAGCCCUUGCAUUUCUCAAAAUGCCAUGGACUAUGGUGAGAAAAUGUUUUGGGAAAGGUAAAAAAAUGGGAAAGAAGAAGGAAAAGGAGAGAAGUUACAGUUACCGUGACUGUGUUACGUAUGAUUUGGAUAGUAUAGAUGGAAGAAUUUCAACAAGAUCAGUUAUAGAUGAAGAUAUUAUUAUUACAGCAAAUGAGAAGGAGUCAUUGGGAAUUGUUAUUGCAGAACAAGACAAAAAUAAUAUUAGUUCUAAUAAGUUUGACAAUGCAGAAGAGUUUUGGUUAGACUUGUAUGAACAAGUUGGUCAUUUGGGAUUUGGCAGAGUUUCUUACACUGGAAUUCCAACUCAAGGUAACAGUGGGUAAUUUUUUUUUACUGUUGUUUGGAUUUACGCGAAGUAAACUUGAGAUUUUCAAGAUAUGGAUUUUGAGAUGGAGUACUACUUACUAUAUAUGGGAGAAUCAUGUAUAGUGAAGGGGAAAAGAGCAAAUUAGCAAGCUCGAUUAGAAUAUUUUGGGUUUUGAACUGUAAAAAACCACCAAUUUGUUUCUUGUGUUUGUGAAAUGUACAGUUUAUUGCUACUACUAUUAGUUACUGUGUCCUUUUCUUUAUCACAGAUUUUGUUAACUUGUUCUUAAUAUCCAAGGAUGGGGUAUGGAAUAAUUGCAUAACAUG